AUGAACAAACGUAAAAAUUGUGAUCCUCCACCUUCCUCUGAUUGCGGUAUCAGGUCUGUAUGCGAAGAAGAUCAUGCAGGAGGUAAAAUGAUGGAAAUUUCGGAGUCUGGGACCCCAAAAGGAACUUUAGAGGUUAUGAAUAGCUACUUCGAUGGGUGUUUUAUGCCGGCCUGGGAACACGUGAUCAAAUAUAAGCAUAAUACAGUGUAUAAGAGCUUAAACGAAGUUGUGAAUGUAGAUGAGCUGUGGCAAGACCCGAAUGGGUUGAUGGAACUGAACACACGGCAGGUAAAGCGCUACCACUGCUGGAUAAGAUACUUUGACCUGUGCAACAAUGUACAGUUUUUCAAGGGGGCGCCAAGCUCGGAUAGGAUACGCCAGGGCUACGUAGGAGAUUGCUCAAUGGUCUCGAGCCUGUCAACGCUGUCGGAAUACGAAAAGUUGAACGAUAAAGUGCUGUCAGAUAAGAUAAAGCUGAUAGACCUGAAGAGGACAGUGAAGAAGUUGAGGAAGCUAUCGUACCCAGAGUCGUCGAUAGAAUACCUGAACAACUACAAGCUCGCAAUAGGAGUGAAGGUGUACUUUAACGGAUGCGCGAGGUGUCUGUUUGUAGAUGACUGGGUUCCGAUAAGGAAAGAUAAGUCGCUGCUGUGUGCACACUCGAGUGACCCGGAGGAGCUGUGGGUGACCCUGUUUGAAAAGGCGAACAUGCGCCUGUACGGGAACACGUACUCGAUAAAGGGAACAAACCCGGGAAUCGACACGUAUCACUACACAGGAUGGCUACCGGAGAUAAUACAGCUGCCGCCGUCCCAGUACAAAUUGUCCCCAGACAGAAUCAACGGGAUCGACUACAAUCGCACACAGUGGGACCAGAAGAAUGAUAUCGCGAACCUGGAGAAGUUGGACCUGAUAUGGAGCGCAAUCAUGCACAACUUUAACAGGAAUAUCGUAGUGUGCGUGGGAACAAACGAACUGUACGAUGUGCACAGGCCUGAUGUAGACAUGGAUGGAAUAUCAGUGUCAUCAGGCAUUGUUAGCUGUCACGCGUAUAGUGUGUUGGAUGUGAUGCACUUGGAGUUGGAAGGCACAGACCAUAAGCUGCUGUUGCUAAAAAAUCCCUGGGGAAAGGCGAGAUCAAAAUUGAAGUUGGAUCCGAGGGUAGUAAAGAUGCUGCCACAUCAUAAGAACGGAUACGAUGGAAAUAGCGAUAAUGGAGUGUUUUGGAUAGAGUGGAUAAAUGUGUUGAAGUGGUUCUCGCACGUAUACCUGUCAUGGAACACGAAAAGGUUUCGAUUCACAAAAAGGAUUUGCUUCAAUUGGAAGAGGAACAAGCAUUUUAUUAACUCUUUGGUGCCAGAAGAUACGUAUUUGUCAGUGCAUAAUCCGCAAUUGCACAUAACGACGCGGGCAGAUAAUCAGUCAGGCAGUAAUGAUGAAGCAGUUGCAAGUAACAGAGGCAAUUGUGAUGAUGAUGAUGACGACUAUGAUGAAGAUGAAGAAUAUGAAGAAGGAAGUGAUGACUUUGUGGUCUUUGUAAUGCUUGUGCAAAAUAAGAAGACGAUGGAAGAUGCAAUGAAGUACUUGGCGUUGCACACGUUCAUGUCAGACGUGCCGAUCAUGACGCCAUAUAGUCCAGCAGUAAACGGAGUGUAUAAUAACAGUGAAGUCAUACUGGUGAAGUUGCUGGUGAGUAAAAGCGGCGGCAGUAGUGAACAUAACACGCUGAGAUACGGAAAGUAUAACAUUAUUGAAAGUGGGAGUGAGGAAGUCGAUUUGGUGAUGCUGAUGUGUAACUUCAUGAAGAAGAUUGAACAUGAUAACAUAUUCACAAUGUUUACAUUCUCGAACAGGAAACAUAGGUUCAAGUUACUGCCAACGCUAACAGGUAAGAAGGAUGUUACUGAUAACAACCUUAAUAACUUCGUUUACGAUUUUAAGUGGUCUGAGUACAACUGCGGCAUGAACCCGAAUGAAAUCUGGUCGUUCAUCAGUAACCCGCACUUCAGGUUGAAGGUGAAGAGAGACAUUGACAUGAUACUGGUGCUGGAGACCGACGUCGUCAUAUCAGUGAACCUGCGGCUCUUCUUCUCUCGGAUGGCGACGAUAAGGGCGGUAAGAACGAAGCAGGCACACUCGUCGGGAGACUACAGACUGCACUGCUGCGUGAUCAAGGCGCGCUUCACCAGGGGGACGUACACGCUGAUCCCGUCGAAUUUCGAUGGCUCGAAGGGCAGGUUCAGGUUCAGCGUGUUCCACGGAGGAGCCGGCGACGCAGUGGAGAUACACCCGAUCCCAUACCCAUACGUAAAGCUGGGCGACAUCGUCAAGAAGAACGUUCCCACCUGUUCAGAGUAUACGCGCGACGGUGGCGUGUGCGGCAGCAGUAAUGGGGGAAAUUCGGCGGACAGAGAAUACAAGAUAGACGCGUCGAGCCAUUAUCGCACGGCAAAUGGCAGCAUGGUGCUGGAUGGCGAGGGCCUGAUUGACGGCACCGUUAAGUUUUAUCAGAUACCGGACCUGUUCAACGUUACCGUUGCCAGAAUGACCAACGACUACUUCGAGUUCAAGGUCGAAGAGCCGACCCUGGUGACCAUAAAGAUCAAAGUCAACAGCGUGAACGACAACAAGUUCGUCCUCUUUUCGGAACACUGCGUGAACUACCCGGUCCACUCGCCCGGAUUUUGUACUGCCUCGCAAAUGGACCUGGACACGGUUGUCGGUGGAUAUGACGACGACUCUGGCGGUUUAAGGUUUUGCGAUAAUGUCUGCUGCGUCAAGUGUGGAGGUCCCUACGGACAGUUUUACCCCACAGACCCAAACCUGUUUCCCGGCGAGCUCAAGCUGGGUUUCGAGCACAGCCUGUUCAGUGAUCUCAACGGCGGCGUCUCCAAGAACGGCAGGAGCCCCUCCGCCUCGGCGCAAAUCUUAUUCUUGAGGGAGUGCGUGGUCAACUUCACUCUCGUCCAGUUGUUUCCUCACGUGCAGUAUAGACUGACCUCUUUGAACCGCCACAGGUUCCAGACUGUGUUCUUCAUAACGACCAGCGGCGCAAUUUCUGCUUAA